GGGGAGGCCCUCCCUCCCUCCCGGGGAUUGUCGCCGUCGCCACCGGAGCGUCAGACGCGCACACGGAGGAGCUUGCUCGAGUGUCCGGGCUCUCGUGUCCGCCGCACCCAUGAGCUACACAGGUUUUGUCCAGGGAUCUGAGACCACUUUGCAGUCCACAUACUCGGACACCAGUGCGCAGCCCACGUGCGAUUAUGGCUAUGGAACUUGGAACUCUGGGACAAAUCGAGGCUAUGAGAACUAUGGCUAUGGUUAUGGCUACGGCCAGGAUAACAGCAGCAACUAUGGGUAUGGUAUGGCCACUUCCAACUCUUGGGAAAUGCCUAGCUCUGAUACCAAUGCAAACCCUAGUGCCUCGGGUGGCGCCAGUGCCGAUUCCGUUUUAUCCAGAAUGAACCAGCGCUUAGAUAUGGUGCCGCCCAUGGAGACAGAGGUGAUGCAAGGAGGCGUGUACGGCUCCAGCGGGGACAGAUAUGACCCCUAUGAGACCUGUGACUCUAGAGCCGUCCUGAGCGAGCGUGACCUGUACCGGUCGGCCUAUGAUUAUGGCGAGCUUGACCCCGAGAUGGACAUGGCCUAUGAGGGCCAAUACGAUGCCUACCGUGACCAGUUCCGCAUGCGUGGCGGCGACACCUUUGGUCCGAGGGCUCAGGGCUGGGCCCGGGAUGCCCGGAGCGGACGGCCAGUGGCAUCAGGCUAUGGGCGCGUGUGGGAAGAUCCCAUGGGGGCCCGGGGCCAGUGCAUGCCUGGUGCCCCCCGGCUGCCUUCCCUCUUCUCUCAGAACAUCAUCCCCGAGUACGGCAUGUUCCAGGGCAUGCGCGGCGGGGGCACCUUCCCUGCUGGCUCUCGCCUGGGCUUCGGGUUUGGCAAUGGCAUGAAGCAGAUGAGGCGAACCUGGAAGACCUGGACCACGGCCGACUUCCGGACCAAGAAAAAGAAGAGAAAGCAAGGCGUCAACCCUGACGAGCCGGAUGGCAAGACUCCCCGGACAGAUGGCUCAGAUAACAGUGACUCGGACAAUGAUGAUGGUACCGAGGGAGAGGCUACAGAAGGCGCUGAAGGCCCUGAGGUGGCAGAGAAGGGCUCCAGAGCCGAAGGAGAGGACGAGGAGAGAAGAGAAGACGGACGAGAAGAAGGGAAGGAAGAUAUGGAGAAAGGGGCCCUGAGCGCCCAGGAUGAAAAUGGUCAGGUCAAACGCAAGCUGCAGGCAGGCAAGAAGAAUCAGGACAAGCAGAAGAAGCGCCAGCGAGACCGUAUGGUGGAAAGGAUCCAGUUUGCGUGUUCCCUCUGCAAAUACCGCACCUUGUACGAAGAUGAGAUGGCCAGCCACCUGGAUAGCAAGUUCCACAAGGAGCACUUUAAGUAUGUAGGCACCAAGCUCCCGAAGCAGACAGGCGACUUCCUGCAGGAAUACGUCACCAACAAAACCAAGAAGACAGAGGAGCUCCGAAAAACCGUCGAGGAUCUUGAUGGUCUGAUCCAGCAGAUUUACAGAGACCAGGACCUGACCCAAGAAAUCGCCAUGGAGCAUUUUGUGAAAAAGGUUGAGGCAGCCCACUGCGCGGCCUGCGACCUCCUCAUUCCCAUGCAGUUUGGCAUUAUCCAGAAGCACCUGAAAACCAUGGAGCACAACCGGAACCGCAGGCUCAUGAUGGAGCAGUCCAAGAAGUCCUCGCUCAUGGUGGCCCGCAGCAUCCUCAACAACAAGCUCAUCAGCCAGAAGCUAGAGCGCUACCUGAAGGGCGAGAACCCCUUCACCGACGGCCCCGAGGAGGACAAGGAGCCGGACGAGGCCGAGCCGGAGGGCGCACCGCCGCAGCCGCCCGCGCCCCCGGAGCCCACGCCCGCAGCCGCGACCCCGCCGCCGCCGCCGCCCGAGGACGAGGAGGAGGGCGAGCCCCUGCUGGGCGGGGCGCUGCAGCGCCAGAUCCGCGGCAUCCCGGGGCUCGACGUGGAGGACGACGAGGAGGGCGGCGGGGGCGAGCCGUGA